CCUGACAACUUGCAGGGGGACUGCUCCUGAUUUCUUGUCAGGUUUCUUUAUCAGUGUUGUCCCCUCCCCGAGCAGGCCCUUCAGCCUCUCUUCAACAGCUUUGCAGACUUCCACUGAGCCUCUGUGGGACGGCAGAAAAUUAAGGACAGGUUUUAAGACUCCUUGGCAAACCCCUAGACAUGUGUUAAAGCCCCAGCCUUCAUGUCUCCUUCUCUAGGAUGCCUUGCAAGAUCCUGUCCUGUCCCCUUUUCUGGGCCUGUCCUGUCUCCAUUGUGUGUGGGGGAGGUCACUGUCCAACUCUGUUCUUUCCCCCAUCCCAGGGCCGCGGCAUUUGUUGUGAUUGUUCGUUGACUGAAUAUUUGCAGAGACCAGCAGAAGUCAGGAAGCGGGUGGGGAAGUUGCCGGCCGAGGAGCGCAGGGUGAGGUCACCGACUUCCAGCAAGAGAGAAGUGGGAAAGGGGCUCCUCCCCCUCCCCCUUGAUGCUGGGCGCAGAGGUGGAGAACGCCAGGUCGGUGGCUGGGCUGCGGUGAACCCCAACCCAGACCCUAGGCACCCCGAGGCUUGGACACCACAAGGGCCGGAAGGUUAACAGCAGGAGGUUGCUAGAAUGGGGGCCACCGGGGCCAGGUUGCUGAGGUCAUGUGUCCUGCUGCUGCUGCUGCUGCUGCUGCCCCUGAUGCUCCAGUCGGGAAGUCACGAUCUCACUUGCAUGGUGUCCCCAGGCACUGUGGACUGGACCCAGACAUUCAACGACACCUGCCUCAAUUUCAGUGGCCUUGGCCUAUCCCUGCCCAGGACCCAGCCCCUGCAGGCCAGUCACUUGCAAAUUCUGGACCUGUCUAGGAAUGGGCUGCAGGCUCUCCCCAGGGUCUUCUUUGCCAAGCUGGAGAAGCUGCAGACCUUGAUUGUCACCCACAACCGGCUGGUCAGUGUGGAGCAGACGCUGGCCCUGCGCUGUGAGCUGGAGCUGAGGGCCGACUGCAGCUGCGCACUGGGCUCCUGGCACCGCAUUCGCCAGAGCAACUGCUCGCGAGAGCAAGGGCUGCUGUGUCUACACCCGGACACGGGAGCACCAGGGAACCUCUCCACCUUCCUCCGGGUCAGCUGUCCCCCCAGCUUGGCCCUGGGGACCAUCGGUGCCCUUGUGGCAGGGACUAUCUUCCUGGCUCUGGCUGUCAGUGGAUCUGUGUUGGCCUGGAGACUUCGACAACACCGAGGAGCCAGUGGCCAGGGUCUCAACAAAGCCCAAAGUCCACACGAUACCCCUAGACCUGUGACAGGCUUCUUACCAAGGUACAGCAGCCAGCGACCGGGUCCCAAGACCCCGGACACGCCACCAGGCGGGUCCUCACUGGACUAUGAGAAUGUCUUCAUAGGCGAACUGGCUGAGGACGCCCCAGGGUCUGCACCCAGGAGCCCUUCCGAGGACACCGACUUCUACAUGAAUUACAAGGGUGCCGACCUGGACCCUCAGCCUGUCUACUGCAACCUGGAGUCCCUGAGAAGGACACCAGCAUACAACCAGGAGUAUGUGGCCCCAGGGCGCUGAGUCCCCCCCUCCACCUCCCCUUGUGGGGACAGAACAUGAGCCUGGAGACUCUGCCCCUGCAGCCCCCACACUCCCCAGGACUCUCAAAGUCAAAGGUGGCGCGAGGAUCCCCAAAGCAGGUGGGGCACGGACACGAACUAAACCCACCGGUCAGUGUGCAGGUGCUGCUCAGUAAAUGUUGGGAGCCCCAUGGGGCUCAGCGCAUGACUGACAGAGGUGAUUCUCCGUCUGGGAUUCCCAAGUGACUCUGCACCCAUCCGGGCCCCAGGGCUCCAGCUCACCUGCGCCCCUCCCCUGCCCUCCUUCCCUCCCCUGCCAUCUGCUGACCUCCCCUGCCCCCUGCCGCCCACAGCUCCCUAAUUCCUGGAUCCUGCCUCAGGGACUUGCAGCUUGUAUGGCUCCCCUGCCUCUCCAUGUGUUCCUUUUUCUUUCCUUCCGUCCUUCCCACCUGGGUUCAAUGCUCACCAAAUAGACAUACAAAAAAUUAAAAACAGAAUAAGCCCAAAGAA